UUGAACUCUGAAACUAACAGGUGCUUAUUUCUCUAUUACCACACAUUACAAACAAACCCCGCUUAAUCCCCUGUAAAAAGUAUACUCUUAUGGUGAAAUCAACCAAUUCCUAUGCAUUAAUUCCAAUUUUUUUCGUUGAAAUUAUAUAAUCAAUAUUAAGGAAAUUAUAUUACAGAUUCUUUUUCCCGUUGCCAAUCUUUUAUCUCUGUCCCUUCUCCAAUAAAAGCUCCAUUUUUCAUUUUUACACACACAUAAAUACAUAAGUAUUGAAUCUAGAGAGAGAAAAUAUAUGAAUAAAGAUAAAAAAAUGGGUUCAACUUCAAAUAAUCAAGCUUCUUCAUAUGAUCUAUCAUUUAAAGUGUUGUUAAUUGGUGAUUCUGGUGUGGGAAAAAGUAGUUUACUUGUUAGCUUCAUUUCUAAUGUUCUUGAUGAUCUUACCCCUACUAUUGGAGUGGAUUUCAAGAUUAAGAUGCUCACUGUUCGUGAAAAGAGGUUAAAACUUACAAUAUGGGAUACCGCUGGACAAGAGAGGUUCAGAACAUUAACAAGUUCCUACUACAGAGGGGCCCAAGGGAUUAUUUUAGUGUAUGAUGUCACUAGAAGAGAGACUUUUACCAACUUGUCGGAUGUUUGGGCUAAAGAGGUUGAGCUUUAUUCAACUAAUCAAGAUUGUGUGAGGAUGCUUGUCGGCAAUAAAGUUGAUAAGGAUUCGGAAAGAGCUGUGACUAGGGAAGAAGGGGCGGCACUUGCGCAACAGUUAGGAAGUCUAUUUCUUGAAUGCAGCGCUAAAACUCGAGAAAAUGUAGAGCAGUGCUUUCAAGAGCUUGCUUUGAAGGUAAUAUGUUUUCCACUUAUUUUGAGUGGUGUCGUUUUACUUGCAAGGUGUUUUGAUCAUAUUAUGGUUUUGUUCGAUUUCAUUUCUUUAAGUUAUACAUCCUCGAACAUUGCACUUUCCUCGGAAAGAGAUCAAUACUAGAUAGUAUAUGGUUGGAUGCAGGAAGUAUUCCUGGUUUACUUAUUUAGUAGUGUGGGUAGGAUGGUAAGCAACUAUGCAAUUCAAGCGUGAUAAAAGUCGUAUGUUCCUCGUUCUUCCAGCCUCACCUUUCUUCCAAAUUCCUGAGGCCGAAACCCCAAAUUAGCGGUAACGGAAAAAGUCGUCAACACUAGAAAAGCAGUGUUAAGAUGCAAGCUCAGUUUCAUUACAAUACUUGGCUUGUUUGGUAACCGGUACCAAAUGGUGGAAACGGUUAUAAAUAGUGUAAUUUUGGUAGGAACAUCUCUUGACAAAUUUAAUGGACAUGCUUAUUCUCCUUCAACAAUAUCAUUUCCUUUACAAAAUUUAUGCCAAUGCAUUACCAUUUGAACAUGUGGCAUUAGGUGAUAAUGGAAAAUUGUGAACAAAAAAACUUAUUUAUGAUCAAACUUUCAUUCCCAUGGGAAUGACAUGAUACAUAUCGUGAAAAUUUGCACUAUAAAUCAUUCCCAUUACCGCCAAUUAACACCGUUAACCAAACGGGCCGUAAAAAUUUUCCACUAGCUAUAUUACCGAGACUUGUAAUUGACUAAUUUACAGAUUAUGGAUGUUCCGAGUCUGUUGGAAGAAGGAACUAAUGUGGGGAAAAGGAACGUCUUGAAACACAAGCAAGAGCAAAGGAUACCUGCUUCGAGUGGUUGUUGUGCUUAAGCCAACGACUCCGUAAACUUCAAAUAGGAGUCUUAAAAAACAGUCGCACUUCGUUAUUUGUGGAAUGUUGCUGUCGAAUUAUGUACAUGGCAAUUCUUUCGUUUCUUUUACUUCUCUGUUGUAUUGCUUGUUUCACUGGGCUGCGCUUCAGUUGUGUAUCAUAGGAGUCGAAAAAACAUGUUACGAGUUUGUAUAAUAGUGAGUUUCACAGGCAUGGCGUUUUGUCUCGUCUCGGCAUAUGGGUUUGUAGCCUCAGCCUCGAGAGCUUGUACGUAUAGAUCAGCAGCAGUUUGAAUGUACUGACAAUAAUAAAUCUAGUGUUGAACGCUGAAGGCGCUGUACUGCUAGAUUUGAUCCUUAUUAUACGAAAGCAAAUAUUUAUCACA